AGCCACACUGGUGCUUCGCGUCCACCUUUCUAUCCUGUAGCAGCAGAAGGUGAUAUUUCGAAUCUACUUCUUUUAUACUUUUCAAGCAAACCAAACCAAACCAAUCAAGAAAAGGAAGGGCAUCAUGCGUGCGUGGCUCGAUGAGAUGUGGGAUCGGCAGGUCGGCCUUGACGAGUACCUGCCCGGCACCCCGCACAAACACCGCCGCCUGCUCGAUCUCUUUCCCUACCACAUAUGGGGACGCAGCAGCAUGCCGAGCCAAGAGGAGAGCAGCCGCAACGUGACGGAAGCGGAGAGACGAUUUCGCGAGGGGGACGCGGUGCGACGGCGGCAGUACCCGUCCUGCUUCGAGGAGGCCUGCGCGUACGGCAACCUGCAGGCGGCCAUCCUCAUGUGGUCGCAGGGCACGGUAGACAUCGCGACCCGCAAGGCGGUGUACGAAGGCAAUAACGCCUCGGCGCUGAUGUGGGCUGCGUUUAAAGGGCACCUCCCCGUUGUGCGCUUCUUGGUCGAUCACGCGGCGCCGUUGGAGGCGACGAACACGCUGGGUCACACGGCGUUGCAGUGGGCGAUCACCGCCGGGCACACGGAUGUCGCGCGUUACCUGCUCGACCACGGCGCGGACCCGUCGCACCGCGACCGCCAAGGCUUCGACGCGGCGUUUGCGGCGGUGCAGAAUGAUCGGCUGGCGCUCUUACUGAUGCUCACGGAAGAUGCGUCGCGGGAGGGUCACCUACUGCCGACGAGCGAUAAUGGUCUCGUAUUUUAUCAGCCCUCGCCUGAACAGCGCGCGCAGGCGGCGGCAGCCGGCACGCUCAACCCCCGCACGGGCAAACCGUACUACCUGCUCGACCCGUCCAUGCGAGAUGUGGAGGGGCACACCCUCAUGCACUGGGCCGCCUACCGUAACUCCCCCGCGACGUGUCAGUACUUGCUGGAUCACUGGGGUUACGCGGUCGAUGCGAAGGACAAGCACGGACGCACCCCGUUCGUGUGGGCCGCGCGGGAGGGCUUUGCGGAGGUGAUGGAGCUGUUGCUCAGCCGCGGCGCUGAUCGAGACUGCGCGGAUAGCGACGGGUGGACGGCGCUGCAGUACGCCCGCACGCGGAAUCACCCAGAGGCUGUGUACGUGGUGGAGACGUACCCUAUCGCUUCGAUGAACGCACUCGCUAAGGAGGUGGAAGCAGAAGUUGCGGCAGAAGCAGGUGAUGUGUUUCGAGCGGGCGAACACGAGCACACGAGCGACAACGCCGCCGACUCUGCAAAGACGGCGUUGCUGGGAGGUUCCCACAGCGGCCCGGGAGCGGGAGCGGCGGGGAGUGGCGGUCGCUACGUGUGCGUGCGCGACCGGCGUGCCUACGGCACCUUCCAGAUGCUCCGCACGCACACCAUGUUCGCCGUCAUGGCCGCGUGCGGACCCCUCUACCUCGUCGCCACGUACGUUCUCAUGAACGUUCUGCCGCCCCUUGUCAGCUACUUCCCUUUCGGAGUUUACUUUUUCAAGAACGUGCUGUGGACGUCGCUGCUGUCGCGGCCGACGCAGUCCAGUCGCACCGGGCCGCCGCUCUCCAUCACCAAGGAAAUGGGCAUUGCGGCGAACAUUGCGGAGUCGGUGCGGGGGACGUGGCUGUUCCGCGCGCGUGACCCCGCCAACUUUUUUAUCUGGCUCUCGUUUCUACUUCUGCAGGUCUGGGCGUGGAAUCAGCUGGGGCUCCCACCGCUGUUCACCACCUCCGCCAGCCGCAACUGCAGCAGCAGCGGCACGACGACGGGUCUGUGGCCCACACGUUCGCCUUCGCCGCUGCCCUCCACCGCCACCGCCGCGGGCGACGAUCUCGUCCCACCGCCCGUCCACUACGUCGGUCUCGCCUUCUUUCGACUCCUCACAUUUCAAUCAAACCCGCUACGCCAGUUCGGCAGCGGCGGUGAUGGGGGUGACGCCGCCGUCGCCCCCACCGGCCUCGCGCUCUCGCCACAAGACGUGAUCCGGCACUCGCGCGUCCGUCUCGACGCGGCGACCUGCGCCUACACGGCGCAGUCGGAGUCCAUCGUGCGGUGGGUGCUGAUGCUUCUGCUCGUCGCCACCCUUUCCUGUGGUUUUCUGUGUAAGCUGCUCUCUGCCCGGUCAGUGAUGCGCAGCUCCGAGGAGGGCACGCUACGCACGUCGCCGCUCUGGCGGAUCGUCGCGGCACGGCGGUACAGCUGGCUGCACCCCCGCUUCUUCUUCCAGGAGCGCCACAUGCAGUUUCCGCUGCGGGCUUUCUACUGCGCGGAGCGCGACGUGGUUGUGCGCGACUACGACGGCUACUCGAACCUGCUGGACUGCCCCAUUGGGCGCUCGAACCACCUCCCUUUCGUGCUCGCGCUGACCAGCUUCACGCUCUAUCAGCUUUUCAUACUCACGUGGGGCUACCAACACAUGCGCGCCCUGCUGCAGUGCCCGGUGCGGGAGCCGUGGUACGGCGACGCGUUCUUUGCCUUUCAGCAGCCAGAAGCGAUGGAGGCGGCGCUGAAGUCGCGAGCGCCGUUUCUCUCUUCCCCGGCAGCAGCCGCCACCUCCACCACCACCGCCGCAACGACAGCAGCAGCAGCGGCUGACUCCGCUACGAUGCACGCUGUCGCCUCUGCUGUGAUGUCUGCCGCAGCCCCGGUGAUCAGCUUUGCGUGGCUGAACAACGGAAUGAACCUCCUCCUGCACGGCCUGCCCUGCCGUCAGCAUCAGCGCCUUGCCGGAAUCGCACAGGACUACGUGCACGCCGUUGCCGCGGCCGCUUCCAAAGCAGACGGCGGCGCACCCCCCUCACGUCUCGCCCAUCACGUCCGUCGCGUGUUCUUCUUGGUCCACUACUACCUCUGGCCGACCCGCGCCUCCGCGCUCGGUGUGUGGGUACUGCACUAUAGCAUCCUGUCCGCCCUUGCGGUUGGCUGCGUGGCGGUCCGGCAGUGGCGCGGAGUCUGGAGCGGGGCGACGCGAGUGGAGCUCGCCAACCCGCUCGCGCAAGGGAGCGACGGUGAGCUCGUGUCCAUCUUUCCAAAGGCGGCGCAGCAGGCGCAGCGGGUGGCGCUGGUGGAUGCGGAGGAGGAGCGCUUCUACGCGGCGGUCAGCCCGGAGAAGGCACGGCCCGUGGACGGGCUGCCCGAGCAGGGAGGCCGCUGCAUUUACGCGGACGGGAGCGGGCUGGUGAAUGUGUGGAGUUUUGUGCGCGGUCGGCGGGGGCAGCGGUGGCGCGGUGCGAUGACGGUCUCGUCGCACAACACACCGGUGAAGACGCCGAUGCUGAUGUGA